AUGGAGAGUGCUGAGGUCACCGUCUCUUCAGGGAAUGUGACGAUGGUGAAGGAGGAGGGGGAGGAGGGGGAGCCCAGCGACAACCACAAGACUCAAGUCAUCUUGCAUCUUCAGCCCAUCCUGCACGGGCUAAACGAUAACAUUGCAGACACCGGAUCUACAGUUUUGGCCGUAGAAACGCACCACGAUGAGAGCCAAGUGGACGGAGAGGAGGUGGAGUAUGGCUACCCCAUCACCUGUGGGGACAGCAGAGCUGUGCUGCUUUUUAAGAAGUUUGUGUGCCCUGGGAUCAAUGUUCGAUGCGUCAAGUUCAAUGACCAGCUCAUCAGCCCCAAGCAGUUUGUUCACCUGGCAGGGAAAGCCACACUAAAGGACUGGAAGAGGGCCAUCCGACUGGGAGGGGUGAUGCUCAGGAAAAUGAUGGACUCGGGCCAGAUAGAUUUCUACCAGCAUGACACCGUGUGCACCAACACCUGCCGUAGCACAAAAUUCGAUGCGCUGAUCAACAACGCACGACUCCCUGUGGGGGGCUCAGGGCAGUCUAUCCCGACACCUCCACCCAGCGACCCUCUUGGAGGACAGCUUGCACCCUUGCCAGGAGAGGUCAUGCUUGAUGCAGCAGAAGUAGAGGAGCCCUCCAAGGACAAGUUCAGUGCCACAGCUGAUGAGUGGAGCCCAAGGCCAGCCCCGACGGCUGCCCCUAAUGCAGCUAAUGGACAUGUUAAGAAGAGAAUGAGGACUGACAUACCUGAUGGGAUUCUGAGCCUGUGGAAAGGUGUGGCAGACAUUGGGCUGAUGGGAGAAGUCCUGUCCAACAUCCAGACCGAAUUAUUGGCCACUCUGAAAGGAGUGGAGGUCCGCUGUGAGAAGGCCAACUUGCAGGAGACAGAUGCCAUGUUCCUCAACACUCUAUGUGAGAUGUUCGGGCUGCUAGACUCUGUGAAGCAAGCUCUUGACCUGAGGCGCUGUCAGACGGAGGAGGACAGAGUCCACAGCUCGCUCUAUGCACUGGAUGACGCUCUGGAAGAAGAGGAGAAGCAGGGUUAUGAUGAAGGUAACGCCUACAAGACUGUGUUCUCAAAAGAGCUGCGAGUGCGCCGUCAGAGCCCCUCCACCAGUCAAACCCAGCAUGAGCCUCAGGCCGGCCAGGGAACGGUGUCCCCCAUUGCCACCGACCCUGUUGUGAUUCGGCCUGUCACUGGUGUGUCUCUGGCUUCCUUCGCUCACCUCAGCGCUAACCCUCAGCACUUUACUUAUUUCUCUCCAUUUAUCUCAGCCGGCCGGCGACUCGGUAGCGGAGUCCUACACCGGGCAGCCGGGCGGGAAAAGCACGGACGGAGAGGCACAGCAGAGGUCAGGGAGAUAGGUAACAGAGAGAAGGAGCACAGUCAGGAGCAGGAUAGGGGAGGGGGAGAGGACACCUGCAGCAUCCACAAAGACCUUGAGGUGAGGACCGUAGGGGUUCGAGAGGAAGACUCUCACUUCAGAGGUGAAGCGGCGGAGAGGACCGAAAAGCUAAACGAUAUAGAUCGGGCGGUUGUAAAGAGAAUGCCAUUCAAGAAAUUUAAAGCCAAGUGAGAAAGGAUCCCAGAGGAAUGUUCUGGAAUAUAGUGAGUGAGUGUGCCUGUUUUUCAUAUGAGCCAAUAUUCUGGAAGAAAAGCGGAUUACUUUCGGUGUAGUUGGCAGCCCGCAUUUGUUCUUGUAUAAUGGAUCCCCGGUACUGGUGACUUUACUAUAUGUAUGAGUCCCCCCCCCCCCCCAAUUAGCCUAAAUAUCUUUUGUAUGUCUGUAAAUAUACAGUAUUUCCUUCUAUUUAUGCAACUUGUAGGACCUUUCCCCUCGUCUAGAGACAGUUUGAGGAUUUGUGAUGUAUAUGUGGGGAAACAUGUUUUUCUGUGUCCUGUUCCUCUCAA